GGAUUGAUAUGAUUGGAGCAGCUUGUGAAAGUGCUGAGAAAGUAUUGGCUGAUACGCGUAAAGCUUACUGCUUUGGAACUCGUCAAGGCAUACCUAUUGUUCCUACUCUGGACAAGGCUCAGGCUGCCAAAAUUCAAGAGCAAGAAAAUCUUCUCCGUGCUGCUGUUAAUUUUGGCGAAGGAUUAAGGUUACCUGUAGACCAAAGACAGAAUACAACUGCACUUCCAAUGCAUCUGGUAGAUGUGCUCACUGUAGGUGAUGGAGCUCAGCCUUUUGCCGAAACUUCUGGUAUGUACUUAAAGAAUACCCCUGUAUCAUCAAGUAACUUGACUGCUCAGAGCCCUUUGAUGCAGGUUAGAUGA